AAGUCAGCUGAGAGUGUGUGUGGAUCUCAGCGGGACUAUCCUCUUUCGAGGAAGUAGAAGCAGUGAGAGUGAACGUUAUCGCGGUCGGACAGCGUUUUGCGGCUCUUUUUCUGCUCCUGUUACAAGUGAAUGUACAAUCAGGAGGUGAACGUUUACUAAAAUGGCAGUAGCUGAAUGUCCGGAUUAUUUCCUACACCACCCAAAUUAUCAGGACAAUGUCGACCGAACAGCCAGUCACAGACCAGCGAAUCUAAUUGGGUCAAGUUUCCAACAGCCAGCCAGUCGGAACUCUCCUAACCACCAAGAGGAUGACGUGGACCUGGAGGCGCUGGUGAACGAUAUGAACUCGUCGUUUGAGAGUCUGUACCCCGCCGGCAGUGUGCAGUGCGAGUCGACCCCUCUGUUACACAACGGCCAGCACACACACGCCCACACGCAGCCAAUUUCUCCGCACCAGAGACUGCGCCGCUCGCAGCCGAUGCACAUCCUCGCCGUCAGGAGGCUGCAGGAGGAAGAGCAGCAGUUUCGGACAUCGUCUCUGCCUGCCAUCCCAAACCCCUUCCCCGAAUUGUGUAGUCCAGCCAGUUCACCCACAGCUUGUCCCGGCUCUCUACCUCCAUGUCAAGGCUCAGACAAACAUAUCGUUAAAAUCUUCGGCGAGGACGGCAUGGGCAAAGUGGUGGAGAUCCCGUCCGACAUGACGGCGCGAGACCUGUGCCAGCUGCUUGUGUACAAAAGCCACUGCGUGGACGACAACAGCUGGGCGCUGGUGGAACAUCACCCAGCCCUGGGGCUAGAGCGAUGCUUAGAAGACCAUGAACUUGUAGUUCAAGUGCAGGCGUCCAUGACUAGCGAGAGCAAGUUUGUCUUCAGGAAGAACUAUGCCAAAUAUGAAUUCUUCAAAAAUCCUCUGAACUUCUUUCCAGAGCAGAUGGUGGCCUGGUGUCAAGAAAGCAAUGGGACCAUUCCUCCAUCGCAGAUAUUGCAAAACUUCUUAAACUCCAGCAGUUGUCCAGAAAUCCAGGGUCACCUGUAUGUGAAAGAGACGGGCAGGAAGUCAUGGAAAAAGCUCUACGUGUUUUUGAGACGCUCAGGAUUCUACUACUCGACGAAAGGAACUUCAAAGGAACCAAGGCAUUUGCAGUUACUAGCAGACCUUGAAGACUGCAACAUCUUUACCGUAAUAGGAGGCAAGAAGCUUCACAAUGCACCUACAGAGUACGAGUUUUGUAUAAAGCCCGUCAAGGUCCGGAGUGAGCAGAAGGAACUGAGGAUGUUGUGUGCAGAAGACGAACAGAGCAGAACGUGCUGGAUGACAGCCUUCAGGUUGUUUAAGUAUGGAGUUCUACUUUAUCAGAACUAUAAAAUCCCACAGCAGAGAAAAGCUUUGCUCUCACACUUCCCAGCACCAAUGAGGAGUGUGUCCGAGAACUCACUAGUAGCCAUGGAUUUCUCAGGGACAAUAGGCAGGGUGAUCGACAAUCCUGUGGAAGCUCAGAGUGCUGCUCUGGAGGAGGCCCAUUCCUGGAGGAAGCGAAGUCAGCGCAUGAAUACUUUGGGGAGCCCGAGUCCACUCCACCCAUCAACGUUGAGUGGAGUGAUACACAAAACUCAGCUUUGGUUUCACGGUCGAAUCACAAGGGAGGAAUCGCACAGGAUGAUGCACCAACAGGGCCAAGUGGAUGGACUGUUUCUCUUGAGGGACAGCCAGAGCAACCCGAAAGCCUUCGUGCUUACCAUGUGUCACCACCAGAAAAUCAAACACUUUCAAAUUUUACCAUGUGAAGAGGACGGUCAGAUGUUCUUCAGCCUUGACGACGGCACCACCAAAUUCACAGACCUGAUCCAGCUGGUGGAGUUCUACCAGCUCAAUCGAGGAGUCCUGCCUUGCAAACUCAAGCACCCCUGCACCAUGGUGACCUUAUGACCCUGCCCCCCUUCCCAUCCUGCAAACCGACCACUGGUUCUCUGAGAAUCGGACUAUUUUUGACCUGGUUUAAAUGAUGAGCAAGUGACUUGCUGUCCACCAGCAAGAAGUCUGCAGGCAUUCCUCUAUGAUUUACAGAGGAAUUGCGAGCACCAGCAGGGCCGUGAUGAAGCUAUUGAGAAAGAUCUUGGUUGCCUUGAUCCACUGGUGAACUCUAAUGCUUCUUCCUCGUACAGUCAUCAUGGGGUCCUUUUUGAUGAUCUGAAUAUCCUGUUCUGUAUACGAUCAGAUAGUCAGUCAGUCCAUUGUUAUGGGAAGAUCUCUAGAACUUGUAGAUGGUGGAAGAUGGAUGCAUUACAUCUAGUUUGAGUUUGACUUUAAAGCACAGGAAACGGCUGAGCUAUACAUGACGUAGUCAGAAACCCAAGAGUCAAUUGAAUCCUCCUGUCUUUGAAUUGAAUCUAUCUGUGAUUGCUUGGAGCUGGAACGACAUCUGUAGGCGGUCAAAGCACAGGACUGUUAGAGAUUUUUGGAUACGGUUUGUGAACGAAAUCAUACAUUUCGCUCUUUGCUAGGUCUCUUUCUCCAAAUUCCUCCAUCUGGAUUAAAAGAAUGUUACACUGCUCAUACGAUAAAUAUAUAUAUAUAGUUUAUAAGCUCUUUUGGAUCACUGUCCACUUGACACAGUCUCCUUUUGCACUCUGUUUCACUGUAAAGCCUCAGCUAAUGUCCAAAUGUUCCACCGCCCCUCGAGACAAUAUUUUAAACGCUUGAAGCGCCCUCUGCUGGCCGUCCAGGGUAAUACAGCCUGAAGUGGGUGCUUGGAUCAGCUUCACUACUGCCACCAUUAGAAAGGGCACCUUGAAAUGGACAGAAAUUGGAAAAACAGUGGAAAAAUAACCACUACAAUCCCCUGAAAAUGGCAAACUGCAGGGAGCUCCGUUGUAACGGAUGCCAUCUUUUUUUUUUUGUUUGUUUGUUUGUUUUUCAAGAGGAAAUCAAGAGGCAGGUAUCACCAGAUCUGCUUGUUUGUCCUUUCAGUGUAUUGGUAGAUCAAUAGGACAGUGCACUGUGAAGCUUCCAGAGCAGCUGGGGCUCGGUUUCCUUUACUGCCUUGUUCAGUAGUAGCAUGAUAUAUGGACGGAUUUGUAACAAUAUUUUCAAAUUGUGACUUUAUGGAAGAGCCAUCUUCUUAAGUAUUUUCCAUAUUAAGCUCGAUGGAAAAGGCCUGGCCACAGUGUCUACAAGCUCUGCAAAGUGAUCAUGAUUACACCGAUAUAAAUGCAAAUGAUGCAAUCAUUUUUAAGUGUUGUUUCCAUGGAUCUAUUUAUUUAUCUGGAUCUGAAUGAUUACUUGAAAUUUUAGUGAACUUCUCAGCGCUGUUCCGUACUGCUCUUCCACGUUUUUUUUUUCCGCAAAUGUAUUGAGCCUCAUGUAUUUUAUUUCACCGAAUAUCAGAAAUUUGUUCUACUAACCCUAUUCUAUUGAACGUUUUCACCAUUAUCUGCUGUAUCGUUGCAUUAUACUUUUGGCCUUGUUAUCACCACCAUUAUGCUCACAAAUGCAAAAUUUUUAUCCUUUGUAGGUGUCAACAUAUUUCCCAUGAUUUUAUCCUCUCUAUCGAGAUAAAGGAAAAGACUGACACGAAUGAAUUUUUCAGAGAUUUGCACAUUAUUUUGAAUGGAAAUUGGAUAGUUGCUAAUUUUUGCUUGGCUCCUUUUUUUUUUUUUGUGCUGGAGACUGUGGCUAGCUAAAAAUUGGUCCACCACAACCCCUACUGUCUUGUGAUGAAACAAAAGGAGACUUUUUUUUUUCGAUGUCAUUUCUCUUGUAUUAGCAUUUUUUUUUUUUAAACAACCAUGGAUAAGAAUCUGGGCCAGAGAGAAACAUGAAACGCAAUGCACAUUCGUAACCUGAUGAUGAUGAUAAUGUGCCACCCUGAAAAGCAAAACCUUCAUUGCGUUGCUCAGCAGCUUUUUAAAAAUUAAACGCCGACUUUGCGUUUGAUGUAUUGCAUUGCACUCCACUUUCAUCACGCUGUUUAGUCAUGCCACAGUGAAAUUCAAUAACUGUCCAAUCACAGCCCUAAGGCACACUCACGGGGCAUUGUUUGUAUUUUGGAUAAGGGCCUAAAAGGAACAUCUAGCUGAAGAAAACUCCACUGCAUCAUCGGUCCAAGGAAUUUUGAUUCAUAUUAGAUGUGAUUUGCUUUUUGCCUUCCUUUCCCUGACCGUCUAUCAUGGUAGAAGAUCUGAUGCAAACCAAUCGCAUGCAACAUUCAAAGAAUGAACAUGCACACUCAGGAAAAAGUACCUUUCCUUGUUACCGGGUUGAGACCCUCAGGGUACAUCUUUUGUAUCCUUCACAUGGUAACGUGAAUGGAGCGUAAAUGAUUCUGAGGUAUGCAACUGAACCUGUCUUGUACUUUAUAAUUAGCUUUCAGAGUAUAGGUUACAUGCACCUUUCAAAAAUGUAUCCUUGAAGGGAUCAACUCAGCAACAUGAAGUGUGUGCUAAAUCACAGUAAAAGCAAAGAUUCACGCAGAGGUUAUAGGCUUUUGUUUAUAAUCGGCCUUUCUCUGCUUUUAUCCUGGUCCGUUCUUUAGUAAACGAUCUCGCUUUAAAGAUCUUAUAGUCUCCGUUUGUAUUUUCAAGCUUUACUAGAAAAGGGAAACUGUCAGUUGUAGGAUUUGAUGGAAAAAAAAAAUUGUCAAAGCUUCCUUUAGUUGGGAAAAUUGAAGAAACGAAACAAAACUCGCCCAGCAGAAAAGGCAAUUCACUGAAAGGGAAAGGGCGUGAAAGAGGUGCAUUUGGUUCUGGUGACGGUUAUCUGACUUUAUGUAGUUGAACUCAACGUUCAACUAUGAAUUUACAAACCAUGUUCCUGUGAGCCAGUAGAAAACAAAUGGGCCAGAAAAAUGGAGGAGCUGCGAAUUAUUACACUAUACUUUACACUAUUACACCAUACUUUAACUUCGCCAUUUUCUUACUGUUACUUGGCGCAAACCUGGGGGAUAAAAAUCCCCCGUCUGAGCCCCCAAAAUUUUAUCAUGUAGCAUCGAAACCCUCGUUUGAUUUGUAGCAAUGCCAUUUUGGCUCAGUCUAAUUAAUAAUUUCAUCAGUGUCUAGUUUGAUCCAGUUACACUUUUAUGCUGCUUUUAUCCUCGUUAAUAUGAUCCACAUUCUAAAUAUGAAAGCUUGAGCUUAAAUUCAUAUUUUUGUCAUCUUCACAACACUAACAAAUAAUUAUUUUGUAUGGUUACAAAAAAAGUAAAGAGACUAUAGAACUGACACUGUAUUUUAGGUUUCCAAUCACUAUGUUUUUUGUUUUUAAUGAUGGCUUAUAAAAUGAAGAAACUUGACUUUUUGAGGGGGUUGUGGGGUUUAUUUGUUUUGGGGAUUUUUUUUUUUUUGUUAAAGUGUAAAUACAUAUGUUUUAUUUUGUUUCUCAGUGUUAAAUUACUUUGAACGUUUAAAUUAAGCUGAUAGAAAAGAAAAGAAACUGGAGUCUGGGAUGAACUUCUUGUGGUCACCGUCACCAUUAAGCUAAAAAUCUUUAUUUUUUCUCCAUAGAAUACUCUUUGGAAAUGCUAACCUAGUCUUUGUGGACAGUGUGUUUUUGUUUAUACACAGUGAAAGCUUAAGCAUGAUGUCCUAAUGUUCAGAUGAGCUGGUGUUGUGAAUCAUAUCAGCAAAUUAAUAAAUAUUGAUUUAUUUUAUUAUUAUUUUAUUAUUAUUAUUUUUUUUUUAAAAAAGAAAUGAAUGUAACUGGGUUGCUCAGGGUUGAUGCGGAGCCUGAUGAGGCCCCAGUCCCCAGGACUGGUGCCGUUUCUAGAACUUUCUAUAUACUUUUACCUUUGAUAGCUUGUUGAGUUUUCGGAUAUAUCAGUCUUUUCUAGUUUUUGUGUUUUUUUUUUCAUACCGUUCACUCAUAUACUGAACGUCAUACAGUGCUAAAAUGUUAGUUUCUUUUUGGUUUUAGCUUUACUUUGUAUUAUGAAGCGUAAAAUCCAGCAGGUGCCUCAGACCUCUACUCUUGUCUCCAUUUACACCAACACACUAACCAGAUUUUUAUAUAUAUUAGACAGCUAGGAUCAGUUUUCUGUCUUUCAUAUUUAUAUGGAAAAUGGGGCAGCAGUCUUAAUCUGAGACACCUUAAACAUCCAGGCUAGGUGUCCACUUAUAUGCGAGAUGUAACCUGGGUGAUCUCUGGAGCUUAUUGACCUGCAAUGCAUAAGCCCUUCUCUUUAGUAACAAUAACACAUCUUUGCUCCUCUCGUCACCAUGCAAAAAAAAAAAAAAGUGUGACUGUGCAUA